GAUACGCGUCGGGGGAAAGCGGGCUAUAAAGACGGUGGCACCUUGGGGGGAAGCAUCCAGUGAAGUCUGGACUUUGACCAGAUCGUGAGAGACCGGACAGACAUGAAAAUUUUGUUUCUCACGGUGUUUACGGGGCUGCUGGCCUUGGCAGUGUGCGAGAAGGAGAAGAAAUUGACGGCCAGGAUCGAAAAUGUCGGGGAGAAGAAGCAGAAUAAACGCGGGCUGAGCCACAUCGAGGGAGACUUCGGGGGACACGACGGCGGCGAUUACGGCGGCGGCGAUUACGGCGGCGGCGACUACGACGGCGGUCACGACGUCGGCGGCGGAGAUAUCGGCGGUCACGACGGCGGAUACGGUGGUGAUUUCGGUGGUGGUUACGGUAUCGGCGGCGGCGACGGAGGCGGCGGCGGCGGUGACGACGGUGGCAAGGUUAAACAGAUCACGAUUGUGAAGAACGUGAAGGUACCCUACCCGGUUGAGAAGAAGGUUCACUACCCGGUAGAGAAGGAGAUACCGUAUCCGGUCAAAGUACCGGUGCCGCAGCCGUAUCCGGUCGAGAAGAAGAUACCGGUACCGGUGAAGGUUUUGGUGAAGGUACCGGUUCACAUACCGCAACCGUACCCGGUAGAGAAGAAGGUGCCUUAUCCGGUGCACGUGCCGGUAGAGAGGCCGGUGCCUUACAAGGUGUACGUCCCGCAGCCUUAUCCGGUCGAGAAGAAGAUACCCUAUCCGGUAAAGGUGCCGGUACCGGCGCCGUUCCCGGUGGAGAAGCCUGUGCCGUACACAGUAAAGGUUCCGGUGCACGUACCGCAACCCUUCCCCGUGGAGAAGCCGGUACCAUACCCGGUGACAGUGCCCGUCGACCGACCGUAUCCGGUGCACGUGCCUAAGCCGUAUCCGGUGCCGGUCGAGAAGCCGGUACCUUACACAGUGGAGAAGAAGGUACCCUAUCCAGUCAAAGUCCACGUGGAGCGACCGGUAGCAGUGCCCGUGGUGAAACCAGUGCCCGUACACGUGAAGGUACCGGUACCGGCGCCGUAUCCGGUGGAGAAACCGGUACCCGUACCGGUGGAGAAGCCGGUGCCCUACCCCGUAAAAGUGCCUGUCGAGCGACCUGUACCAAUCCACGUAACGAAGCCGGUAGCUGUGUCGGUGCCGAAGCCGGUGCCGUACCCCGUCAAAGUGCCGGUAGCGGUACCAGUGCACGAUCACGACUCCGGUUACUCGCAUGGUGGUUACGAAUUUGGGGGACAUUCGGGAUAUUAGUAUCAAAAGGCAUGGCAGUGGAGGAUUUUCCGCUCGGCUCGAAGAGAAAUUAACGAAUAAGGGGUGGAGGAGGGGGAUCUCGAAGUGAGAGGAAGCACGGGAAGGAGGAUGAGACGAGUAGUAGAAAGAGAAUUCGUUAAUUUGUUAAGCCGAGAAAUUUCGAUCAAAAUGCUGUAUAUAAACGAACGGGGAAACAUUUCAACACGAGGAUGUAAUUAGAAUUAGGUAAUUAGCGGGCUAAUCCUAGAGAUAAGAGAUUCAUGGGGCCCAACUUGCGCAAGUCCUUCACUGCACCGCACGAGCGGACAUGUCGGCGCCCACUUUGCGUUGUCGCAAUAACACUUCUUCCACAUUCGUUCUUUUUCAAACAGUCGUAUCGCCGGGAAAAACGUGAUUCAAAGAAAUGUGAUUCGUAACCGCUCUGCAACGUGGAAUCGAGUUAAUCGGGACGGCGGCGGACGCGCGACCGGUAUUCGCGCGUCGCGGUUUUCGAGUCUCGAGAAUCGCGCGUUCGCGAGGGAAACGCGGAGGUAUUUAUCUUCCUACAACUCAACGUCGUCCUCUCACGCCGCGAGGGAGAUGAGUUUGCAGAACCGACCGCUUUUGCGCCGCGAACGACGAUUCUGGGUGCCGCGAGUCCGCGUAGACAGCGCUAACGAUUUCUUAGCUAUAGUACCGACACUUAAGUACCUACGAACACAUGUUGUACGGUGUGUUUCUUACGUUUGUAAACGGACGUCUCUAUACGAUAUCUUUCGCUUCUUUCUA